GGGAGGUUGUUGGCCCUGCACGUGGCAGGGGGGUUGGAGAUUCAUGAUCCUACGUUGGCCAUUCUGUGAUUCAGUGGUUCAGUCAAAGUAUUCUUUAUUCUUACUCCUGGUGCUAGUUCCUUAGAAUUUGAUAAUAGCCUUCUUAGACAUUUUCUGAGUUCUUUACUGGGACUUCAUCUGAUACAUCAGUUGUGGAGAAAAUCAGUAAAAAAAUAAAGCCACACAAUAAAUAAAUAAAUAAAUAAAUAAAUAAAUAAAUAAAUAAUGAAAGAAAAAGAAAACAUAGGAAGUCAGUGUAAUGCAAGAUUAAACAUACUGAGGCCGGGUGUUUUAUGACCCCCAGCAUGUGUCCAACCAGACACAUGGCAGUGUCAUGCUUUCAGGAAGUCCUCCUGGAAAAGGAAAUUCUCCCAGAUUGGCCACUUUAUUGCCAAUUGGGAAGGGAAAUUUGGGCUCCAUUAAAAGCACUGUCAGGACUUUCAUCCAGAAUGAUUUAGGUGUUCCUUGAGGUGGUUUUGGCUCCAACUGUGUGAAAGUGCUUCUGGCUGAGGCAAUCCUUGAGUUGUACGGGUGCAGCCCUAGAGGGGAGAAGGCAGCUUUGUGAUGGAUUUGGUCAAACAAUCGUUCUGAAAAGGGAGCGAUCAUCUCAGAGCACCAUACAGUGAGAAAAGGGAAGUGCAUUGCUCAGUGCGUGAAUCAGAAUUCUGAAAGUAGACAGUCUUUUUUCUUUUAUUUCUCACUUUUUUUUCAGUUCUUUUGAAGAACAGGUUUUACUCACUUCAGCUGGAACAGACUGUUAUUAGUUUCCCGGCAGAGCUUUGUAAUGGAAAUGAGACGCUAUCUGUUUCUUACAACCCGCCAUAAAAUACAUGGAAAAGAGAAGUGUUUUAUAUGUAUGUAAACUGAGGAUCAGUUUUGAGAGUUGUGCCUUUUGCUUCAGAGCCCAAGCCAUGCUCCUUGAUGUCUGCUUUGAAAACCAGGGGUUUUAUCUGUCUAAUAGUCAAUUAUCUGAUGUUGUAACGAGUUGGCUUUUUGGAACCUUGAAAAGCAGUUUCCUGGUAUCUCAAUCUCUUAACUGUUUCACACUUUGCCCUUCUGUAAUGCAGAACUUUGUUUUGUUGGAUAGAAAUCCAGUAUGACUCUGGCAAAUUUAAUACGAGGAGACCUGCUGUAUAUUGACCUUCAGGUGAUCCCUGGUGAUUUUCUCUGUCCUCUUCACCUCACCACCACCUCAUUUGUUUAGAAUGGCACAGAAGUUAGAAGAGGAAAUGGAAAGCAAACCUCAGUGAGCUCUGUUUUACUUGUCAUUGCAUUUACUACAAAAUAAGCCAGCUUGGUACACUGUGAUAUGACAAAUACUGUCUGUAAAUAGCCUUAAUGCAAAGUAUGAUAGCUGAGGAUGAAAAGAUUUGAACUUUUAAAAUGUCACGCUUGGUCCUUCUGACUUAUUAUUUACAAGCAAUUACACUUUUUCCUCUUUAUGGCCCAGAUUAGGUCAAGAAUAACUCUGACAUUUUACAGAGAAAAAAAAUAUUUCCUGUGAUGUCUGAACAUUCUCAUUAGUAUAUGUUGUGCAUUUCCCAGAAUGAACAUCUUUGUGCUGUGGUGAUGGGAAAUGUCAAAAUGCUUCUGAUUGAUGGAAGAGGCAUAAGGAAUCUUUCAUCUCAGCGAAUAAUAAUAUAAUAUUUCCCUUCUGUUAAGUGGAGUGUCACCACCAGUCUUUCCAUCAAUGAAGACAAAUUCUUCUCAAUGUGAAUACUUCGUGGAAAAUCUUAAAGCAGGAGGAGUCAUAUUUAAAUGGCAUGCACUGGAGGUUUUGCAGAAAAAACAUCCCUCCCCUAAUGUGAAAAAAAAUUCAAAGAAAGGAAAAUUGUAGCGUCAUACUAACCAAAGUACUGCACAAGUGAGAAGAGCAUACACACUUGAAAACAUUGUGCAUAUUAUACAGGAAUCUUAUAUGUUCUGUAAAGGAGUCACUGCUCAAUGUUCAGACUAUAUGGAAAAAAAUACAGUUUCGUAUGAAUGCAGACUCUAAAACUCGUUGCUGCAAAAUUAAAUCUUCAGACUAAUUGCAGAUACAUAUUUACUUUCUGUGGAUGAGAAAUGCACUGAAUACAGUAUUUCUAGAGUGCUAUAUGUAGAAAGUCCUCUACAUAUUUGAAGCUUGUAUUUCCUUGCAAUAAAUUAUUCAGACACAUUCCAUGUUCUGUGGGACUUAACUCCUCCGAUCUCAAGGCAAGAAUGAUGAUUAUUACAAGUUCUAAUAAUAGCCAGGAAGCUGGAAUCAUAGGAUAGAAAUCAGCAUUCUUAGGAGAAUCUUCUGAAUUGUGUUCAGUGAUAUGAAUGUGAUAAUUCAGGCGUAUUAUGAUUUAUACAUUUUCAAUAGCAUCCUUCAAAAUACGGCCAAAAAUUUUGGUCAGCCUUCUGUCAAAAUUGUGUACAAAUCAAAAAUGAAGAUUAUUGAUUAUCAUUCAUAAAUUAUGGAGAUUAUGCUCUGCAUUUCUUCUUCGGACUGUCUCCCAACUUUCGUGGAAAUUAGACCAAUAAAAUACUGCUAGUGCUUGGCAUGUGACUGUUGGUGCUUGCAUUCUUUCCCUUUGAGCUCAUGAGAUGCUCAGCUCUGUGUGGAGGCAUUGCUGGGCUCACUGGGUGAAUGUGACUGUAGCCCAGUAUGUGGGUGGCUCUCAUGGAGCUGAAAGAUGUGUAUCCCUGUCUCUGUGAUUAUACAGCCAAUGAGGCAGCCACCUCAACAAACAUGGACUCAGGAGAAGGGAGAAGAAAGCCAGGCAUUCCUCCUGGGCAUGUGAGCUAGUGGGCUCCACAGGCAGAUGUCCUUCCUCAUGCCAACACCCCAGUAUGCAACAUGGGACUUCCUAAGAAGAGAUGGGAACACCCCAGAGCAAGUUGUCGAAAGAGAAGUGCCUCUUAAGCAAGGUGGCACUUAAGAUUCCUCUGUUCCUUUCACAUCAUCUCAGUGUGAUGGGAGCUGUGGGUCACUCUCAUUGCAGAAGGGCAGGUGUCCUGCGAUGGGAGUGACUCACUCAAAGCAAACACAGACACUUGCCACCAAGAAUUGCUCAGGAGUUUCUCUGAUGACCAGAAAUUAUGACACAACAUGAGAACUUGGGGGAUUUUGUUUAGAAAACACAUAAGAAGUAGCUGGUAUGCUGCUGUGAUUUUGUCACUGGUGUGUCUUUUCUGAGUUACUGUUUGCUAGCUAAUUAAUAGACAGAUACAUAAAUUGGUGAAGGUUGAUAGUAUAAUCUUAAUAGAGCUGCUUCAUGGCAAAUCUGAAAUGACACUGAUCUCAAAAGUAGAGCCAUUUACUUUGCUUGGCACACACACAGCCUACAAUUAGGUGUAUGUUAAUCCCAGUUUCUGCUGUGAGCCUAUCUAUUCCAGGCAUGCAACCAAAACUAUUCAGCAUGGACCUGGACAUCAACAUCAACUCAUACUAGAUAACCUAUAUAUUCCAUAUUUGAGCUGCCUCAUGCUAUCUGCUGCUUUUCAGAGGUAAGUGCCCCAUCUAGAUUAAAGUACUCUGGCUGGGAUUUGCAAUGCAGGGGUGGCUCUUUAGUCCAGAAGUGAAAUCAGCCUUCAGUUUCUGAAAGGGCUGUGUUUCUCAUAAGACUGUGUUUGAAAAGCCAGCCAUGACCUAAUGUUGUUUUCUGCUACUUAUUAGGGAGAGCUUAAAUAGAGCUGCUGAAAAUGCACAAGUUACUAUUUCCCAAACCAAACGUAGAAGACUGAAGAUGCUGCACUGCUGGACUCCACUCACUUCCAUAAAUGAAGAAAUCUCUGAGCUGAAAAUGGGAACUUCUGUCUUCUACGUGUCGACAUGGUCAUGCUCACAGGCUGCUGAAGACUGCCUGAACAACAUGGUGCCCAGAGGCUUACACACGUGUAAGCUAGCAUGCAAAGGGCAGCUCUCAAUGAAGAGGUUUUGCCAGUCUGAUCAACUGGAUCUUAUAAUCACCACCACGUCGUCAGAGAUCUGAGAGAUUUCCAUUGCCAUCCUCCCUGUACUUGUUACUUCUCAUUCUUGUAUUGCUCAUCGUUUAACAGCAGAGCUUCAGCUGUUCUUAAAAUUUCCGAGGUGGCAUAUAAAAAGGAAAACUCUUGUCAAACAUAUGUUUACAACCACUGAUUGAUGCUCUUGCAGAAGAUAAUGUCACCUGAAGAGGAUCAAUUAGAAGCAUUACUCUUUCUUUCAUCAUAAAUCUCAGUGAAGCAGGAAAUAGUAUGAAACUUGAAGGAAAGAUAAACAAGUCUCACAGGAGGAGUGCAGUAUGAUGAAACAAUAGGGUACAGAAGGGUAGGUGACAUUUCAGGCCAGCACUGAGCUGGAGACGACUCAUCUAAUUGUCGCCAACUUCCCAGCCCAAAGGAGGGGUAAUUGAGAAGCUAAACAUAGGUCCUGAGGAACACCAUCACAAUGUUAAAAAUUGGCUUUAGAGCAUUAAUGACACUGAUCCCUAAAAAUGAACUCAGAAGAAUCCCUGAACUGAUGAUCUCACAGAUAGCAGCUCAUACUGUGGUCACGUUCACCUCUCAUUGACUGCAUCUUUUUGUCCUCCUUAGAAAAGUGACCCCUCGGAAAUCAGUGUGCCCAUCAAAAAGCAAAAGCGUAAUGAACAGUUUUUGAUUCCUAUAAAUGGCAAAACUGUUUUUGAUUUCAAAAGAAGUAGGACAGUGCUAUUUACUUAAUUGGACUAAGUCCUACCCGCUGAAAUUCAUGUGAAAUUCUGUUUAGUGGUUUAGCCUGCUGGGUCUGAAGCUGGAAAGAGAGAUUACUUUCAAUCUAGCGAAACAAGAGCCCUACUCAUUCUUCUCAUAAUCUCUUUGAAGCAUUUGUGCUUGAGGCAGAGGCUAAGGUCUCAAACUGAGGCAUUUUAACACACAGUGUCAAUGAUGUUGUGCCUAGCACUGUGUUGAGCCAAAUAAUUGCAUCACUGUGCCAUGUUUCUGCUUACCUAAUCCUUUCUGAUGCAAGAGAAAGUACCUGGGAAUUGCUUGGCAUGUUUGAUAAGGGUAAGUGGCACAACAGCCUUGACUGCAUUGCACAGAGCAAGGGCAGCUUUCUUUUACCUGAAGGUCAGUAGCCCCAGCUUCCUGUGGCCUUGCUACCUGGGUGCAUUCAUGCCUGCUCACCAUGAUCACUUUUCUUCCACUCUGUCCUGUAGAUACUGCUACUACAGCUGCUGUGUCACUUUCAUCACAAAUGAGAGCUUCCAAUUCAUAAAAUCAUAAAAUCAUAGAAUCAUUACAGUUGGAAGAGAUCAAGUCCAACCAUCAACCCAUCACCACCACACCCACUAAACCAUGCUCCUCAGUGCCACAACUCCACAUUUCUUGAACACCUCCAGGAACUGCGACUCAACCGCUUCCCUGUUUCCAAUGCUUGAACACUCUUUUGGAGAAGAAUUUUUUCCUAAUAUCCAAAUUGAACUUCUCCUGGUGCACCUUGAGACCAAUACCUCUCAUCUUAUUACAAGUUACCAGAAGUGUAUCAUCUUACUCUUGCUUCAUUAACUGCAUUUUUCAGGCUGCUCCAGUACCCUGUAGCCUAGAUCUCUUUCCUGCUCCUAUGCUCCAGAUUGAAGUAAUUACCCCAUAACCUGCUGUUUUAUCUGUGGCUCUUCUUUGCUGGCCUCUGCCCUUCUCAAUCUCAUGCGGAGGUUUGUCAGUCUUCUUAGCUGACAGCUGCAGCUCAGCCUGCUUGCAGCCCUUCUGGGAAGUGAGAAGGAUGCUAAGGCUGGUGAGAGAAAGUGGCAGCCCCACAGGGAGUGCGCCUGGCACCUCACAGCCCAGUUUUCCAAGCAACUUGCUUCAAAGGAUAGGUUGCUCAGAGCUCAUACCUUGGGAUCUUGGCUAAGAUGUAUAAAUUCCACUAGGCCUAGGAUCUAUCAUGUUUCAUACCUGGCUCUAAAAGCUGCCUAUAUGUUGUUUUCUUGUUAUUUGUUUGGUUUUUAACUCUCCUGCUUGACAUAAAAAGGUGUAAACAGGUGACAGGACUUAACAGUUAAUUUAUCCACAGGUGAAUGAGGGAGGACUUUCCUGUUUUUUGGCAUUCUGUAAAGGUUUUUCUUUCCACAGAGAAAGAAUAGGGAUUUUCCUCGAAUCAGGAGAGAUUUAUAUUUAAGCCCCCUGAAGCAAUGGAAUUGAGCCCCAAACUUUCAUGGUUGGUAUUUGGAAUGGUAAGCUUACAGAAGAGAUGCUGCUGGAAUUUCUUCCCUGGGAAGCAUCCCCAAAGUCUCCGUGGGACCACAGAACAACUCAGGAUGAAGGAGAUCUUUGGGCUUAGCACCUUGUCCAUCCUCUGGAUAACCCUUCACCAGAAUGCCAGCAUCUUCAAGUUGGAAUCAAUGGAAAGACCCCAAGGAAAUUAUUUUUGGCCUCCUAGUUGUAAAGGAGUAUGUUAUGCAAACCAAACACACUUCUACUUCCUUUGCUGCAGGCUAUUCCCCUGGGAUGGAGCAGACCCAUGAGGCAGGAUGUCUUACAGAGGUCUUAGUGCACGGAGGCUAUGCGAUCCCCUUGUUACAUGUAUAAGCACUUGCAUAGAGGGAGAGAAUGGCUGCUUGGCUGGAUGACAUUAGCAAACAGACCGUCCCUAAUCUGCUCUUCAGCGCAUGACCUACAUCUUGUUGCUAUCAUUCCUCUUUUCUUUGAGUGAAUAACUCUCAUUUCAUGAGGCUUUUCUAAGCAGAACCCAUCCUUCAGUAUGCCUGGCGGAAAAAGGAGCUGCUGACACUAACAAGGAAAGAAGGAUGGUGGUCAUUCCUGGAGAAGAUGCCUCUGUCCUUAAUAGCCUGACACAGCGAGGUGGCUGCCCACAGAUUAGGAAACUGUUUCCAGAGCUCAUCAUCGCCCAAGUGAGGUGGUUGCCACGACAGUAUUACAGAAUCAUAGAAUCAUCAAGAUUGGAAAAGACUUCCAAGAUCAUCCAGUCCAACUGUCUACCCACCACCAGUGUCUCCCUGCCAUGUCCCUUAGUAAAACAUCUAAAUAUUUCUUGAACACCUCCAGGGAUGGUGACUCAACCGUUUUACUGGGCAGCCUGUUCCAGCACCUGACCACUCUUUCGAAUAAAUUUUUCCCUAAUAUCCCAUCUGAACUUCCUCAAGAUGCAGCUUGAAGUCAUUCCUUUUAUACUGCUAAUGCUUCACCUUGGAACACAAAACCCAAACCCCUCUGCUGUUGUUAUUCAGCAAUAGUUAUGAACUCCCGUUUACGAGCCUUAGGUGGGAGGAUAAAUAACAUACGAGCAUCAGAACUACCAAAAGAGAAAACUCGAUCAGAGAUAACCUGUAACGUUCACUUUUUGGAUGGCUCAAUACAAAGCUUCAAAGUCAACAAACAAGACACUGGUCAGAUUUUGCUGGAUAUGACCUAUAGUCAGUUGGGUGUGACAGAAAAGGAAUAUUUCGGUUUACAGCAAAAUGAAACUUCAGUAGAUUCACCUUUUUUCAUUUCACAGCGAUGGCUUGAACCAAACAAACCUAUUAGGAAACAGUUAAAAGGAGGUUUUCCCUGCACCCUUCGUUUUCGUGUAAGGUUUUUCAUACCUGAUCCAAACACACUUCAGCAAGAACAAACCAGGCACUUAUUCUUCUUGCAACUGAAGACUGACAUUGUAGAAGGAAGGUUGUCAUGCCCUAUUAAUUCUGCUGUUGUGCUGGCAUCAUAUGCAGUACAAUCACAACUUGGAGACUAUGAUGCUUCAAUACAUCAUUCAGGAUAUCUGUCCAAUUACAACUUUAUACCAGAACAGAACAAAGAUUUUCUUACCAAAGUAGAAGCACUACAUGAACAACACAGUGGCCUCAAGCAAUCUGAAGCAGAGUCCUGCUACAUAAAUAUUGCACGGACGCUUGAAUUCUAUGGAGUGGAAUUGCACAGUGGUAGAGAUCUCCAUAAUCUAGAUCUCAUGAUUGGUAUUGCAUCCAGUGGAAUUGCUGUGUAUAGAAAACUCAUCUGCACAAGCUUCUAUCCCUGGGUGAACAUAUUAAAAAUUUCCUUUAAAAGGAAAAAGUUUUUUAUACAACAACGGCAAAAACAUAAUGAAUCCAGAGAGCAUAUUGUUGCCUUCAACAUGUUAAAUUACAGAGCAUGCAAAAAUCUGUGGAAGUCUUGUGUAGAGCAUCACACGUUUUUUCAGGCAAAGAAGUCACUACCUCAUGAAAAAAAAAUAUUAUCACAUUAUUGGACCCUAGGUUCUAGAAAUCCAGCAAAGUCUGUAAACAGCCAGUACUGCAGAAAAGUCAUAGGUGGAAUGGUUUGGAACCCAUCUAUGAGGAGAUCUUUAUCUGUUGAGCAUCUGGAGACCAAAAGCCUUCCUUCUCGAUCACCUCCUGUUACCCCUAAUUGGCGGAGUCCUAGACUACGUCAUGAAAUUCGUAAGGCACGACAUUCAUCUGUAGAUAACCUUACAAAUGAGAUUUCUUACAUUACUGAGACAGAAGAUGUUUUUUAUACAUAUAAGGGCUCUCCAACAUCCAAAGACUCAGAUUCAGAGUUCUCUCAGAACCACAGUCCACAGAGGAGGCCUUCUGAACAAGAUUCACCAAAGAAUGUAUUGGGAAAUAGUCCAACUCGAAAUUCUCUGACCCGUACCUCACCUAAAGCAUUGACUCAGUCUCCCAACGGAGUUGGUAGCAUUUCUGACUCUUACCCUCUGGAAGGGGUGGAUAAACACUUCCUAGAAACAUAUGACAAUGUUACAAAAAGUAGCUCAACAGAUGAUUCCAGUCAGUACUACUGUGAUAAGAAUGAGGUAAUUGAGGGAGAUUUACUUUUGGUGCGUAUCACACCAGAUGAAGAGGGGAAGUUCGGAUUUAAUCUAAAGGGUGGUAUAGACCAAAAAAUGCCCUUAGUGGUAUCAAGAAUAACUCCAGGAUCACCUGCUGAUAAAUGCAUUCCAAAACUGAACGAAGGUGAUCAGAUAGUAUUAAUUAAUGGCAGAGAUAUUUCAGAACACACACACGACCAGGUGGUCAUGUUUAUAAAAGCCAGCAGAGAAUCUCACACAAGAGAGCUUGCACUUUUGGUCAGGAGGAAAGUUGUUAAACAGUUUGUGGAGCCUAGAUUGGAAGAUGAAGUUGAUUCCCAGAAUCUCCCAGAAGCUCUUCUUUGUUCUGAAUACGCUGAAACUCUGGAUGAGUCUAUGGAACAGCUAAGGAAAGGGCUGGAAAGUGGGACAGUAAUUCAUCAGUUUGAGCAACUUUAUAGAAAGAAACCGGGAUUGGCUGUUACAUGUGCAAAAGUGCCUCAGAAUAUGGACAAGAAUCGAUACAAAGAUGUUCUGCCUUAUGAUGCCACAAGGAUAAUAUUGCAGGGGGAUGAAGAUUACAUUAAUGCAAAUUAUGUGAAUAUGGAAAUUCCUUCUGUGGGCAUUGUGAAUAGGUACAUUGCUACUCAAGGGCCUCUUCCUCACACGUGUGCACACUUCUGGCAAGUUGUCUGGGAUCACAAGUUGUCGCUGAUCAUUAUGUUAACAACACUCACUGAACGUGGGCGGACAAAAUGUCAUCAGUAUUGGCCUGAUCCACCAGACGUAAUGGAGUAUGGCGGCUUUCGUGUCAGAUGCCACUCGGAAGAUUGUACAAUUGCCUAUGUUGUUAGAGAAAUGGUGAUUACAAACGUUGAGACAGAACAGCAACACACUGUCACUCAUCUUCAGUAUGUUGCUUGGCCCGAUCAUGGUGUUCCUGAUGACUCCAUGGAUUUCUUGGAGUUUGUGACCUGCAUGAGGCCGAAGAGAAUAGAGAAUGAGCCAGUUCUCGUUCACUGCAGUGCUGGAAUCGGUCGCACUGGUGUACUGGUCACUAUGGAAACAGCCAUGUGCUUAAUUGAAAGAAACCAACCUGUUUAUCCGCUGGAUAUUGUAAGAAAAAUGCGAGACCAGCGAGCUAUGAUGGUUCAAACAUCAAGUCAAUACAAAUUUGUUUGUGAAGCUAUUCUUCGUGUUUACAAAGAAGGAUUGAUUCGACCACUGGAUUCUAGUUAGCACAGCAGUGAAGGAUGCAUUUUUUUCCCCUAAAAAGACUGCUUUUUUAACUAAAGCAGGGGCUUAUUUCUCAAAGCAACUAGAAUGGACUAGAAGCCCAUGAGAAGACAGAUGAGCACAUUUGAACUGUGGCACUUUAAAUUUCUCAAGAAGAUUGCUAAAUCAUGUACAGUAUAAAGAAAUCAUGUAGAUAAAUAUGAGAGCAAUUGUGUGUAAAUGCUUUACUUAGGCACCAUAAGCAAUCAUGGAAACCUCAAUGCAUAUCUUUCACUGCCUUAAACAUCCCUCACUUUGGAAUUACAGAGAUCUUUGUGUUUCUUUUGAAAAUACGAAAGGAAAAUUAAUAGGACUGAAAUGACUCAGUUUAAGAAGGUAUUUAAUAUCUUUGUAUGAAAGUUCAUGGAAAGUGAAUAUUUGUAACUUUUUUACUGGGACAUUAAAUAUUUGUAGGAAUGUAACCUUGACUUCUCAAUGGCUGAUGAAGAGCUUCAAAGCCUAAUGCAUAACUACUGUACAUUAAGAAUAGGAGAAAUUAAGUAUUCACUUUCCAUAAGUCUAAUAGUAUGCCAGCUGUUAUAAUACUGUAUCACUGUACGUGAUGUGCAAAACGAUACUUCAUUUAUACAUUUAAACAGAUGGUACAGUCUACAUCUUCUGUUGAUCAGUUUUACUUCCAUUUUGCCCUUUCAACAGUGACCUACUUCUUAGUGUUAGCUGUUGUAUUUCUUUUCUUCUCUUUCUACUGUCCUCCAAGACGAUUAUUUUUCACUGCUAUUUCUGUACGUGGACUGAAAACAUUCUAAGAUGAGGUCUUGCUCUCUUUCACCUUUGUUUCCGUGUUUAUUAUGAGUUCUCAGAUGUAAAUGUGGAUUAACAUUGCACACAAGUACUAGAUGUUUGACUUGCUGUAUAUGCAAAGUAGUCUAAUCCAAUACUGGAAGAAAAAAUUACUACUGAACCCAUCAAAUAUGUUGCUGCUAAUUCAAGGUGUGAAGCUUACAAGGACACAGGUGUUGGUAGUGUUCAGAUGGUGAUAAAAUGUUGACUUGCUGCCCUUCAGCAAAUGUGUUUAUCCAGUGAAACACAACUCUGUUGCAAGAGUUCUGUGGAUUUAUUGUGUUUCUUGCUUUAUGGAAAUGCAGCAAAAUUCAUGUGAAGAUUGACGUAGAAAGAGAGAAUGAAUUUGUACAUUGUUACAUGAUUCACCCUUAAGGUACACUGGUUUCCAUUUCAUUUCAAAUGGGAGAAUUGGACUUUCUGAACAAUAUAACCACAUUUGUAUGGUGUUAAUUUAUUUUGUGUGUGCUUUAUGAUUAC